AUGUCAGUCAACGGAGCGCCGCCUGAAACGGACGAAUUCUGGAUCUUCGGUUAUGGUCAAGAUCACCGCGGCACACCUGAAGCUCCCGGCCGCGUCGUCACUCUUAUCGAACGGUCAUCCUGGGCAUCCCUCGUCGAUGCGCAUGACUCAGCACCCGAGAAGGUAUGGGGCACCGCAUACCGAAUCCAAGCGGACAAGGUAGCCGAGGUAAAGGAGUACCUCGACAUCCGGGAGAUCAACGGAUAUACGAUCCACUAUACGCCCUUCCAUCCUGCGGACGGGUCGCCAUCCAUCCGCACUCUAGUCUACAUCGGCACCCCCGAUAAUGAUCAAUUCACCGGACCGCAAGACCCGCAGGUCCUUGCCGAGCACAUCUACGUCAGUGAAGGUCCCAGCGGUCUGAACAGAGACUACCUGUUGGGUCUGGAGAAGGCCCUCAACGAACUAAGUCCGGAGAGUGGUGAUGCUCACGUCACAGAUUUGUCGGAUCGCGUGCGCGAGAUUGACCGCAAGCGCCGCGAGGGCCAGUUGCAGGUGGAAGGCUUCGAACACCCCGUCUCACACGAGUUUAGAAAAGUGAGCAGCGUAGAUGAGCAGGAAGAGACGGAGAAGGCGUGA